GAAGAAGAAGAAUCAACCGGAAACAAGCAGUUGUCAGUUUUGUAACAACAGUCCAACGCUGCAGUUUGUAUGGAGCAAAACACGACUGGUGUGCAGAGUCAUUUCAUUCAUUCCUAUGAGCUGAUCGCAGUUUGAGAGAGCAGCAUGGAGGGAGUGGAUGCUGCCGGUCCCGGACCAGAACAGAGUCCCAAACCCGAGCUUUCUGCAGCGAUGCGGGCUAAGAUCGAGCGGAACCGGCAGCGGGCGUUGAUGCUUCGGCAAGCCAGACUCGCGAGCCGCCCUUUGUCCGCUGUGGAGGGCGCAACCUCGGCUAAAGUCUCCAAGACCAUCGACUCCGGUGCCGGCUUCUUCAUCGAGGAGGAGGAGGAGGAAGAGCAGAGGACCAUGAAGGUUGUGCAUCAGCCAGCUCCAGUGAUUGAGCCAGACUACCUGGUAUGCGAUGAUUGUCAAAAACCCUUCAUGGACUCGUACCUCAGCAACAGCUUUGACCUCUGUGUCUGUGACAAGUGCAGAGACAAUGAGGAGAAGCAUAAGCUGAUCUCCAGAACUGAGGCCAAGCAGCACUACCUGCUGAAGGACUGCGACCUGGACAAGAGAGAACCUCCGCUCAGGUUCAUACUGAAGAAAAACCCUCAUAACCCACGCUGGGGAGACAUGAAGCUCUACCUCAAACUACAGGUGGAGAAGAGAUGUAUGGAGGUGUGGGGUUCAGAGGAAGCUCUGGAGGAGGCCAGAGACACGAGGGAGGAGAACAGAGAGGUGCAGAAACAAAAACGCUUCAACAAGAAGGUCAAAGAGCUGCGCAGGGCAGUGAGGAGCAGCAUGUGGACCAAAGACAUCAGCGUUCACCAACAUCAGUACGGACCAGAGGAGGUGGUGGAUCCAGAGGAGGACCUCUACAAGAAAACCUGCACCACCUGCGGACAUGAACUCACCUAUGAGAAGAUGUAGACACACACGCUGAACACUGAAUGUUACAGGUUCAGUCUACAAGGAGAAAAUGUUUGGUGCUUCUGCGGGAAACCGCACCUCUCACAAACCCCCUCUCCCUCCAGUCGUAUUCUGUUUGUUUUUCUAGCUCAUUAAUAAAACACUCCAUCCUGAUCGCAUGCAAGGGGCCAAAAUCACUCUGCUGUGUGUCAUAGAGGCUUUUCGAGGUCAGUAAUUUCUAUUUUAAACAGCUAUUAUGGACCUCAGUUUAACUCACUAUUACUGUAUUUUUCGCAACUCUGCAGAUUGCCUUUCCAGCCCACACCCUAUUGCUACACUUCCUGUUUCCUUUGUAGCAUAUAGACAUUCCCUCUCGCAGUGGGCAAAUCAAGGAAGGCACGGUAUUGAAAUUUGAAAAUACUGUCUUGUGUAAAAAAGGUGAAUUGUGAGGCCCACUUUCUGACUGGCUGAAUCCAAAUGUCCACCCGCUGUACGGAGUUCACUUCUCAUCACUACUGUGGCCGUAUUCAACUCAACAGCAUUAUGGUGACCUCUAUCAAUUUUCUCUCACCGUUCACUGUAUAGUUGGUGGAAAUUGAUGUUAUAAUCAAUCAUCUAUCAUUGGACAAAGAUGUACCGAUACAGUACAUCGACCUCAGUGUGGUCUGAAGCUGCUGGGAAAUGGUUCAGACAUGUGAUAUCUAAUGAUUUAAGACUGUUUCUGUGAACUUAUGUUUGAUACUACAGUAUUUGGCGUCAGCUGUAAAGAGACGAGCCGUCAUUGUCCAGAUAUUCACUUGGUGAUAAUAAAGAACUGGUGCUGUGGGUUUGCUCAGGAGAUAUUCUGAUCAUUUUAUUAAAAGACUGACAUUGAAAAUGUGUAAAACAUGUUUACAUCUUUGUAAAAUGAAUUUAUAUGUCAAGUAAAAAGUUCUGAUUUCG